AUGGGCUCAAAAAAUGGCGCUUCUCCGAAAGAUGACAAUGUCGGCCUUGCGAAAUCGCUAACAUUGGUCAAUGGCGUUUCCAUAAUCAUCGGAUGUAUCAUUGGGUCUGGGAUAUUCGUAUCUCCGACAGGUGUUCAAGAAAAAGCAGGAAGUGUCGGAUUGUCGCUUAUUGUUUGGGUUGUUUGCGGUUUGUUUGCUAUGAUUGGUGCAUACUGUUAUGCCGAACUUGGCACUCUAAUUCACAAAUCGGGUGGAGAUUAUACAUAUAUUAUGGAGUCAUUCGGGCCAUUUCUGGCUUUCAUACGUCUCUGGGUUGAAGCUGUGGUAGUAAGACCGUGUACUUGCACAGUUGUAGCAUUGACUUUUGCGAUAUACAUGCUGCGACCGUUUUAUCCGAAUUGUGAACCGCCUAGCGGACUUCCGGCAUUGCUUGCAACAAUUUUGCUUA